UAUUUGACUAUUUCAAUAUUCUUAUUAAUCAAGACUGUAUUUCCAGACAGGCCUAUUCCCGGUGCACUGUCUGUUAUUUAACAGUUACUCGGUUCGCACAGGGAGAGUCGCGGGGCGCUGUAGAGCCGUCGGUGAGUGUGCGAAUCCCCAGCAGCCCGCUCGCUCUGCACCGUGAGGCGACGUUAACUCCUUCUCUCAGCCAGCCGCAGCGCGAGACCCAGACCGGAGGACAGGCUGUGAUAUCUCAACGACACUGAAACCCGGAGGAAUAACUGAUAAAAAUCAAGAAGAAAUAGAAAAAAAACGAAAGAUAAAGAAAAUAGACGGAGGGAGGGAUGGAGCCGGUGGGCUCGUUUCUUCCCGGUAAAUCCGGGAGCUCGCACUUUGAUCCGGUGGUCUUUGUCAAACAGCCGCGGACCAUCCUCAGACUACUCUGCUGGGUAUUCUCUAUAGUAGUGUUUGCCUGUAUAGUGAAUGAAGGCUACAUGAACAUCGGCAGCGAGCGGUUGCUAUGCGUCUUCAAUAAGAACGCUGAUGCCUGUAACUAUGGCGUUACCGUGGGCGUGGCCUGUUUCCUAGGCAGCAUCUGCUUCCUGGUUCUGGACAUCUACUUCCCCACCAUCCACAGUGUCCGGCUCAGGAGGAGAGCGGCUCUCAUCGACAUGGCCUUCUCUGCCCUGGCCAGCUUCCUGUGGUUGGUGGGUUUCUGUUUCCUGGCCAAUCAGUGGCAGCAGACGACAGAAGACGAGCUCCCAUUGGCUCAAGGCUCCGACGCCGCCAGGGCCGCUAUCGCCUUCUGCUUCUUCUCCAUCCUCACCUGGGCUGGCCUGACGGCGCUUGCUCUCCAGACGUUCAUCAACCUGUUCCAAAACUUCAGCCUCUUCACCGAUCAGCCCGACAACAACACCGGUUACCUCGACAACCCCCGCAGAACGCCCGUCGCCAACGGAGUCACCGUAGUAACCACCAACCCCUACCAGCAGGCCCCUCCCUUCAGCGAAACUCUGAGUCUGGACCCUUCCACCCUCACACCUGCUCCUGUCUUCUAGAGGAGAGAGAGAGAGAGAGAGAGAGAGAUGGAGAGAUGUAGAGAGAGUGAGAAGAGAUGGAUGGAGAGAGAUGAGGAGGAAUGGACAGAGGGAGAAAUAGAGGAAGAAUAGGAGAGAGUUUCUAGGUGUGAGACCGUUGUGACACGACAGACGCUGUAGUCUGCACCCUUCUACCCCUCACACCUGGUCCUGUCUUCUAGAGGAGAGAGAGAGAGAGAGAGAGAGAGAGAGAGAGGGAGAUGGAGAGAUGGAGAGAGAGUGAGAAGAGAUGGAUGGAGAGAGAUGAGGAGGAAUGGACAGAGGGAGAAAUAGAGGAAGAAUAGGAGAGAGUUUCUAGGUGUGAGACCGUUGUGACAUGACAGACGCUGUAGUCUGCACCCUUCUACCCCUCACACCUGGUCCUGUCUUCUAGAGGAGAGAGAGAGAGAGAAGAGAGAGACGGAGAGAGAGAGAGAGACGGAGAGAGAGAGAGAG